AUGUUACUUUACACGAAAGUGUUAUUACUGACGCUGAAAACUUUUCCAACACUGUAUAUAAGAAAUGAUGAGAUCUUAAUUGAUACUUAUCAUAUGUACUAUAUUCCCAUGUGUAUAUUAUAUACUUUAAUACACUGGAUCAAUAUCAACUUAUUAAGAAUGUCCUUGGAAAUAAAUAAAGAAUCUAUUACUAUGAACGAUUCGGUAGAAAAACCACAACAUAAUUCUCUACAGAAAACCCUUGCCUUGUUAUAUCUAAAUGACAACUCUAUAAAAAGUGUAACUAAUAUACUUCGUUAUAAUAUAAACCUUGUUUUUUUAUAUAACUUCCUUUAUGUCUCAUCUUCCUUAUUGUGA